AGAUAUGAUAGUAGUCUCCACCACCUGAAUAACUUAAAAGUAGACUGGCCAAAGAACUGAAGAAGAAUAGACUGUUUGUCACUGAUGUCACAGAAUCUUGGGGAGAAAGGUUCCAUGGCAGUUGAAGCCUGGAGUCAGAGAAAGAAGUAGGGAGUGAGUUGGGAGCAUUACGACCAGAGAGUGAUAUAUGAAGUGGCGACAUGAGAGAGGUUGAGUAUAUCUAUCACCCUGUAAAUGAUCUAGUUCUGCUCCUGUUGCUGCCCAAGAAAGCUUGCUCUUGAGUUCUUUGGCCUUGGUGUACAGGCCCCGCCAGAUCCACGCUGCGCUGCUGUCGAGGGAAGCUCCUGGAUGGACUGAGGCUCCGGGUGAGGGGAGGAGCCGGGUGCAAACAUGUUUUUGAUAGCAGUAAUGGAGAAUUGGAAGACUGAUUAUUUCACAUAUUAAAACGGAUUGUUUACCAGUAGAGUAACUAAGGUGCAGACAACAAUUUUGGCUUAUGCGUCUACAUAAAAAUGAGUGAAGUACAGGCUAUGGUAGAAUUCUCCGUGGAGCUCCACAAAUUCUACAAUGUGGAUUUGUUUCAAAGAGGUUUUUACCAGAUUCGUGCAUCUAUGAAAAUUCCUCCAAGAGUUCCGCACAAAUUAGAAGCCAGCUUGUUACCUGUGACAGGUGCUGAUCUUGCCUUUCCAGCUUCAGUCCAUGACAAUGUAAUUUGCAGUAAAACAUUUCAAAUUCUUUACAAAAAUGAGGAGGUUUCUGUGAAUGAUGUUAUGAUCUUCAAAAUUAAAAUGCUCUUAGAUGAACGGAAGAUUGAAGAAUCCCUUAAUGAAAUGAAUUUCCUGCUAUCCUUAGAUCUACACUUCACAGACACAGAUUAUUCGCCAGAUGAUCUGAGCACACUGCAACUAAUUAGUAGUCGAACUUUAAAGUUGCACUUUAGCUUACACCAGGGCCUUCAUCACUACGUCAAUGUUAUGUUUGAUUACUUCCACCUCUCUGUCAUAUCUGUUACAGUCCAUGCUUCUUUGGUUGCUCUACACCAGCCAUUGAUAAGCUUUCCUCGUCCCGUGAAGAAUACUUGGUUAAACAGGAACACACCAGCACAGCAGAGGGACACUGUGAUUCCUACUCUUGAAAGUGUGGUCUUCGGCAAUAACUAUACAAAACAGUUAUCAGCAGAUGGUUGCAGUUUUGUGAUUGCGGAGUCCUUCCUGAAUCAUGCCUACAAUCUCCACUAUACACUUUGUGCCAGUUUGCUGCUUGCAUUUAAAGGGUUACACAGCUAUUUCAUCAUGGUAGCAAAGGAGCUCCCCUCCUCUCACCGAAUAGAACUGGCCAAGGCCAGCAUGCAGGUCCUUUAUGAACGCCUUCUCAGAAGAAAAUAUCCACGAACCCAGAGAGACGCCUAUCUAGAGAACAUAGAUGUAGAAGCUCGCCUUACAGAACUGUGUGAAGAAGUAAAGAAAAUGGAAAAUCCUGAUGAACUGGCAGAACUUAUAAACAUGAAUCUUGCACAGCUUUGCUCUCUUCUGAUGGCUCUGUGGGGGCAAUUUCUAGAGAUCAUUACCUUGCAGGAGGAAGUCACAGCAUUACUAGCACAAGAACAUCACACACUGAGGGUACGAAGGUUUUCCGAAGCAUUCUUUUGUCUUGAGCAUCCAAGGCAAGCUGCUCUUGCAUAUCAAGAACUACAUGCUCAGAGUCAUCUACAGAUGUGUACAGCUAUCAAAAACACCUCCUUCUGCAGUUCUCUUCCACCUCUUCCUAUUGAAUGCAGUGAACUAGAUGGAGACCUGAACUCAUUACCUAUAAUCUUUGAAGAUCGGUAUUUAGAUUCCAUUACUGAAGAUUUGGAUGUACCCUGGUUGGCAGUUGAAAAUCUUCAGAAGUCAGAGUCCAAUAAGCUGGAUAAAUUUGAGACCGAAGAAGGUUUUGUAGCUGGUUUUUCUAGCCCAGAGUUGAAAAUCAGACCUGCAGGUGCCUCCAACGUUUGGCAUUCAGAAAGUGAAAAGCAGCUAACAAAGUCUUUGAAAGGGAAAAAUGAAGAUGUAAAUAAAUCCAAAGUUAAGGUUACUAAACUAAUGAAAACAAUGAAAACUGAAAACACAAAAAAAAUAGUAAAACAGAACUCUAAGGACUCCGUGGUCUUGGUAGGCUACAAAUGUUUGAAAAACACAGCACCAGAGGACGUCUCUAAAUGCUAUGAAGGCAGGCCUUCAUCUCAUCAGAAAGGACUGGAUCCUGCAAUAGGUGGCUUUGCUUGUGACACAAGGACCUGCACGAGGCAAAUAAGUCAAAAAGAGCUUAGAUGUGUGUCAUCUAGAACUGAACAAAAAUCUGCCCAAAUUGACCAUUGUAGCCCUGUGAUCUCUCAUUGUGCAAAUUCUACCAUUUUUGGCAGACUUAAUAUCUCCCAGGCAGGUACUGGAGUUACACAGGUGGAUAGCAUCUUGACACCUACAAGCACAGUUGAAGGUUGUCCUGGAUGUCAGCCAACCUCAUCAGGAGUGAGGACAAUUGAGGUCAAACCAAGUAACAAAAAUCCUUACGAAGGGGAGAAAGUGAAUGUUCGUAUUGGGUCAUGGACAGAAUUUCUGCAAGAUGGAGAGAAUUUACAGGUGCCCAGCUUUCAGCCUGCAGAAUCUGGAAGUAAAGCUAACUUGGGGGAACAGUUACUGGUGCUUGAAAAGGAUGAUGUGCAAGAAACAAACUUCCAACAUACUGGAGAUGCAUUGACAAGAGUAAAAAGCAAUCAUUCUGCUCUUUCUACAAAAGAGACUAACAUUGCCAUAAGUGGAGACACGAUUAAGUUGCCAGAUGUUAGUGUCACUUACGCCUCAUCUAGGUUUUCAGAUUCAGGUGUAGAAAGUGAACCAAGCUCUUUUGCAACACACUCCAACCCUGAUGUGUUUUUUGAAACCAUUCAAGGGCAAAGUGCUUACAACAGUGAAAGACUAUUUCCUCAGCUUUUACUAAAACCAGAUUACAUAAAAAAUGCAAUAGAAAACUAUUGUACUGAGAGUACUAGUGCACUGAGUGAAAUACAAUCAUCCCUGACAUCCAUAAACUCUCUACCAUCAGAUGAUGAUGAGCUUUCACCUGAUGAAAAUUCAAAGAUAUCGCUUGUACCUGAAUGUCAACUAAGUGACAGCAAAACUAUAUUAGAUCUGGGAACAAUUGAUUUGCCAAAAUGUGAUGACAGUAAAAAAUCAAAUAUAAUUUUACAGCAACAGUCUGUUGUAUUUUCAGGGUAUUCAGACAAUGAAACUGUCUCUCUACAUUCCUCGCUUUCAAACUUAAAAGAUUCUUUACAGUUAGUUGCUUCAGAUGAAAAUAUAUCUACUGUGAUAAAAAGUUACAGCUCAUGUGCAAACUUUGACACAGUUUUUAAGGACUCUCAAAACCUUGAUAGGCAACAGAACACUACAGAAGGAGAAACUGAAUUACAUUCAGAAGUUAUUUAUCUGGGAGAACCAUGUGUUGUUUCAGGUUCAGUAUCUAGUAAUGCUAAGUGUAAUGUAGAGAAAACAAAUGAGGGACAAUAUAACAAACCUUUAGAAUUAAGGCAAACAAUUGAGGAACUGCCAACAGUUGAAAGUGAGACUCACCCAGAUGCAAAUCAUCUCUCAUCAACCAGCAGUAUCGAUAUUGUAAAACAAGGUCUUGUAGAAAACUACUUUGGCUCUAGAAGCAGUACAGAUAUUUCUGAUAUUUGCCCGACUGACAACAGCAAUCCUGAUAGUCCUCAAAAGGAAACAUCUGAAAAACAAACUGUUGGCUCUUCACAACAGGAGGAGGAGGAGGAGGAGGAGCAGGAUCAAGAAAUGGUUGAAAAUGGGUAUUAUGAGGAAACGGAUGAUAGUAAUAUUUUAGAUGGAGAUACAAAUGCUGACUUUGGUCUAAUAGAAGAAAAAGCUUUGAGAUCUGAAAGGAUUGACAGCGAACAUCUACGGGAUGGAAUGAAUAUGGCUCCUAUCUGCACUCCUGGUUGUUUGUCUUUUCCCUCUGUGCUGAGAGACUCUCCUUGCAGUGUUAUAUGUUCUUCAAAAAGCAAAUCUGAUGCAAUAACAAAACAGCCAGGCAGCACAUCCUGCAGCUCAGCUUCAUCUGUUUCCUGGUAUGAAAGCUCCCCCAAACCUCAAAUGCUAGCUUUUCUCCAGGCUAAAGAGGAAUUAAAGCAACUUAAACUCCCUGGAUUUAUGUAUAGUAAUGUUCUCAGACUGGCUUCAUCGGCACCUUAUUUCAGCACAGAAGAGGAUGAAGGUUCAGAAGAUGGAAUACAUCUCGUAGUCUGUGUUCAUGGCCUAGAUGGUAAUAGUGCCGAUCUGAGAUUAGUGAAGACUUACAUUGAGCUUGGACUACCCGGAGGACGAAUAGAUUUUCUUAUGUCUGAAAGGAACCAGAAUGAUACCUUUGCUGAUUUUGAUUCCAUGACUGAUCGCCUUUUAGAUGAAAUAAUACAAUAUAUUCAAAUUUACAACCUAACAAUUUCAAAAAUCAGUUUUAUUGGACAUUCGCUGGGCAAUUUAAUAAUCCGUUCAGUGCUCACAAGACCUCGGUUUAAAUAUUACCUCAACAAACUUCACACCUUCCUGUCUCUCUCUGGACCACAUCUUGGUACCCUCUACAACAGCAGUGCUCUUGUUAAUACAGGUCUCUGGUUUAUGCAGAAGUGGAAAAAGUCGGGUUCUUUAUUACAAUUGACAUGUCGAGAUCAUUCAGACCCGCGGCAAACCUUCUUGUACAAACUUAGUAAAAAAGCAGGUCUUCAUUACUUCAAAAACAUAGUGCUAGUCGGAUCCCUGCAGGAUCGUUAUGUUCCUUAUCACUCUGCUCGCAUAGAGAUGUGCAAAACAGCUUUGAAAGAUAAACAAUCUGGACCAAUUUAUGCAGAAAUGAUCCAGAACCUGCUUCUGCCAGUUCUUCAAAACAAGGAAUGUAAUUUGGUCCGUUACAAUGUCAUCAAUGCAUUGCCCAAUACAGCCGAUUCUCUCAUAGGGAGAGCUGCACACAUUGCUGUUCUUGAUUCAGAAAUAUUUUUAGAAAAGUUCUUUCUGGUUGCUGCCCUAAAAUAUUUCCAGUAGAAGAAAAGCAUUGUAAGAGACUUGACUAUUACCUCAUUAACAGAUGAAUCAAAUAAUGUGUGGUAUUGAAGUAUAGCUGCAGCUGUAUUGUAAGAGAUAUUUAUACUUUUGUAUGGAAGAUAAUUUAUAUCAUCCAUGUUUAGAGCUUUUUUAACAUCAACUUUACUUUUUAGGUAAUGUGGCUGUGCAAUAUUUUUUUAUUUGAUUCUUUUUACUUUUCUAUUACUUUUUCUUAAUUUUGGGGUACCUAAUUGAGUGGAGAUUAAAUUACAGUAUGUACAUUUGGUUGGUUUAUUAUUGGUUCUUAGACUACAAAAGUCAAUGCUAUAUGGCUACAUUUUAAUAGAGGCAUGGAUGCCAAAAUAAAUUGGAAUUUAAAAAUUCUAAUAAAGUAUUAUGCAUCUGAUUGUUAUAUUUUAGCGUUGUAGAAAGUCUAACUGGAAAAAACAAUUAGCUGCUAAAAUAUCAUACAUUGAAAACAGCUAUAUCUGAAAUCCUGGUAAAGACCAUUCUUUUAAUGAGCAAACAGAGUCGUCUGUUCAGAUAUCACUACAUCCUAAUAAUUUUCUAUAAAAUCAUCAUCAUUAUUAAACAUGUUAUGCCUGUGGAAAUACAUUUUCUACUGAUGAUCUCAAAAACAUGUUGGUUUACAUAUUCACUUACAUUACUGGAACUUUAGUGUUCAGAAGUAAGCGGCAAUUAGGGAUUUUUGAAUGUUUAACUAAACGACAGCUGCCUUCUAAUAAUUGGGGUUUUGCAAAUUAAAUAAAAUUGCUCUUACUCUGUCAGUUCAGUUCUUCAAAUGAACCUUUUACAUGGACUUCCUUGUAUGUACGUAAAAUAAGUAAAUGUAAUAAAUUGCUGCAAUACUUUUAUGAAUUUACAUAAUUUUUAAAUAUUCUUAAAAUGUUUUGUUGAUUACAAAGUAUUGUAAAUAUAAAUCAAGGUAUCUUGAAAUGGAACAAAAUUAUAAACUUUACAUGUUUAGUGAUGCAGAUAAAAUGUUUUUGAUAUACAGGAAUGUUAAAGGUCUGUUGACUUUUUACUGGUGCUGAAUAGCAUUGAGUUCAAUUCCUCCUCCCUACCCCUUUAUCUGUUUAAAACAGUAAUGCACUAAAUGUGGAAAGGAGGUAAUAUGUGCAUUCACUAGUUGUAAUGAACAGAAUUUUUUGAAAAAUAUAAAUUGGUUGUAUAACUAAUGCAUGUUUAUUUUUAGCAUUGUGUUAUUGCAUCUGGUGUUAAUAAAAUGAACAAAUGACUCUACUAGAAAAUUAAAGAAACUGAAAUCUUUUGCUAGUUUCCAAAAUGUUGGGAGGCUGUAUAUAUUUUGUAUUAUUUCACUCAGCUAUAUCAAUAAGAGUUUAUAAUUAAGUAACCUUGCAUUUUGAUAGGGUUUGUUCUUGUAAUCUUUGUAAAAUUAUUUUUAAUCUAUAGUUUACAAACUUCAAAAGACCACCUUAGACUAGUCAGCAAUGCAGCCAUUUGAUCACUUCAAAGAAUGUUGUAUUAUUGAGUUGCAUGAGGCAAGUCCUUAUGAUACUGACAGAGAAUACAAU